AUGGGAUGGAGCGGCAACUUCUCCAAGGAGGAGUACCUUGCUCUUGCCCAGGACAUCGGCGAGGGGGACACCCCAGGUAUCGUCACCCUCGAGUCUUUCAAAGUCGUUGCGGAAUCCGGCUCCGUGCCCCUCCAUCCGGAGUAUUCACCGCGCCGCAGAGAAAGGGGAAAAAACGUGGUCGACAGUGCGGCGGAAGAUACCGUACAAGGCCCCAGCGGUCUUGAUGGUGGUGGCGAAGCAUGUCAUGUAGCUGAAUUUGACGACACGGCUAGGGACGAAAGUAGGUCGUGCGCACGAAGAGCGAAGGGUGUGGGGAGCGGCACUGCUGCCCAGGAAACCUUACACGUAACCCUGCGAAAGGCGGCUUCCCAAGCUAGGUCAGCUGGGCAAGAUGUCUGGAAGCUACUCGAUGACAGCAUCCAAGCGAGUCUCGCGGAGACCCAGCCCAGCGAAGAUGACGAAACGCUCACGAGCGACGACGUGGGCGCACAACUAUCUUUGAGCCAGGACGUUCUCCGCCGAUUUUUGUCGAAGCUCGACGUCCAGGUACUUCCGUCGCCGGUGCUGUCGCCACCCUCCCGCCCGCAGUCGAUCGUGCCCCAAGGAGGCGACGAGGCGGCAGUAGUGUCAUCAUUCUUGUCGAUCAGGAACACGUUCGAGGAAAGAAGCAAGGGCUCGCGGGGAGGGAGCCCAAUCAAACACGGGGCACCGGCUCCGUCGCCGCCGUCGCUGUCGUCUGCCGGCGGCGCGUUGGCCUCGGAGGAAGAGAGGGGGCGAGCGGCGGCGGUAUCCUCGGCCUGCGACCGCUACCUGCGGAUCCUUUCGAGGGACACCGCGAGCGUGCGCUCCCGCGUGCAGCUCUACAACCAGGAGCUCGCACGCAUGCAAAGAGAAGCCGAGUCUCUGAUUUCGCAUUCGGCCGCAGUCAAUGCGAAGAGCUUGCCGUUGUCGGCGGGACCUGAUGCUGAUGGCGGCUGCGAGCAUCCCCCGCACGUGUCUCUUGACGCAAGUACCGGCAGUGGUUCCCUGUGGGCGUCCCUCGGUAGCGUCAGAACGGGAGGAACAAGGAGCAGAUGUGGCGACGGUGACAGGGGAAUGGCCAUCUUCCCGGUCGAGGUAGGCGGCAGGACGACAGAGAUGGCCGGGGGUCGUGGUGGCGACGGAACCGUGCGUGUAGUCCCCUCUGACGGACCGGUCUCGGCGUUCUCGAGAAUCAGCCCCGUGGAGCGAGCAGACCCCAGCCACCCAAAGCUGGAAAUCAAACGGAGGCCCUGCAGCACGCCCAGAAGAAAGGAGGCAGGCGCACAACUAGCAUCACCGUCGAACCCCGCCCGUGGUGGCCUGGGGCGACACCCGGGUCAUGACGGCGGUGGUGGUGGGGUUGAUGGUGAGCCUAGGACGCCCGCGGGCGUACAAGGGGGGGAAAGUACCGACGACAACGGAACCAAGAUCGUUAGGAGUGACCGCGUCGCAAAGCUGUUGCUAGCGACGCUUGCAGGAACGAUCGAGAAGCGCUCGCUGUCUCCGGUGCCUCCCUCCCCUGCGUUUGAACAACGAAGAAUAGCUGUUGCGCCCAAGGCCGCUUGCUUUGACCGUCCGUCCGUCCGGAACGGGCUGGCGGGGCUGACCGCGGAUGAGGUGGACAAGGUGUUGCUGAGGGUGGAGGCGUCUACGCCUGGGGCAGUGUCGUGCUGGAAGUCUCCGGCGAGUAGCAGAAAAGGGCCGCAAACCUGCGGGACGGAGAGCUUAACCCCGUCUACAGGCGGCUGGGAAUUGACUGCGGAGGCGAAGCAGCGGCAUCGACAGAGAGACAGAGCUCGGGGUGAUAGCUUUGGCUGGUUCGACGCCGAAGAAAGUCCAAGGUUUCGGGGGUCAAGUGGAAAAAGAGGAGAGGGAAUGGAGGGAAGGAUCACAUCUGGAGCAGAAGGAAGGGGAGGCGGAGGGGCAAGGAGAGUAAGACAGAUGAUGAAGAUCACCCAGCAACCGCAGCAAAUGUCGCCGAAUCACGGAGACAGUGGCAUGUUUCGGGUCCCAUCAUCAACAGCUCGAAAACCGAGAGACCGAAGAAAUACGUGGGGCAUCGAGCAAACGCAAUGGGCUGGCUCAGGCGAAGAAGACCAAGACGCCAGCGAAAGUUUCAUUGGGAGCAACCCGAUGUACAAGCACCAGGCGGAGGUUGCCGAGAAACACACUCUUACCGCUCAAAAGCACCACGCUUCUCCCAAGAAGGCCUGUGUCGCCAACUUAUCCGCCUCCCGAUCAUCUACUCUUAGUCAAGGGAGCAGUCAUCACGAAGGCGACUCUUCAACCGCCACCGCGCGUAACACGCGCCGUCCGGUGCGGGCCUUCCAGCGGCUAGACGAAGACAUGUACGACGGCUUCCUACACUGUGCCAAGCAAAACACCGGCAAGACUAAUAGCAGGGGGUUCAGGAGGGCUUUCGGAGUUGGAUGA